AAAUACGUAACUAUUUAAGAGCUGUGCUUUCUCUUGAAAUGUUGUGACUUUAGGCUGGUAGAGAGAACAAAGAAGAGAGGAUCACUCUGUAGCAGAAAUCAGCAUCAUCUCCACAAUGAAGACUCUGCCACUGAUUGCAUUUGUUUGUGUGGUGUUGGCUCUGACUGGAGCUGAUGCAAGGAAACACUUGAUCAAGAGGUACAGAUAUUGUCCUGGUUGGUCUCAGUACAAAGGACGGUGUUUUCUCUUCAUUCCCACACCCAUGACUUGGGCUAGAGCUGAGAAAAACUGUCAGUCCCUCGGUGGAAACCUUGCAUCUGUCCACAAUGUCUUCGAAUACCAUGCGAUCCAGAGGCUGAUAUUGAGACGCACUCAUGCAUAUCCACCCACAUGGAUCGGAGGUAGUGAUGGUGAAGAGGAGAGAUUAUGGCUGUGGAGUGAUGGGACGCCUUUCCGCUAUUCAAACUGGUGUCCUGGAGAGCCCAAUAACCUGGGGACGAUCUGGGGUCGACAGAACUGCAUGCAAAUGAAUUUUGGAGGGUCCAAGUGCUGGGAUGAUAACUACUGUAAUGUACGCCGUCCAUCUGUCUGCUCCAAGAAAUUCCGAUGAAUCCUGAAACAGAAGAAUCUGUCACAAACACUGGUGGAUGUGUGCUGAUGUUUGUGUUUUCAUGCUCUUAUUUCUUAAGCUAAUCACUCUGCAGCCUCUUUAUAUUUCUUUUAUCGCUGUAACGCAACUAAAGGAGUGAAGCGACACGUCAAAUCAACAGAAGCUGGAUCGUCUCAGAGGCUUUGUGCCUUUUAAUAAGAACAGACUGAAUGUGUUAUGACAAGAACGCUGUUAGCAAAACUUCCUUCUGCACAAUCAACUCGUAUUUACAGAUUUUUGCAAAAUUAAAAGCCUGAAGUAUUGAAA